AUGAACUCGACAGAGGCAUUGCAGUCUGACCCCCACUGCAAUGCCGCCGUGGCGGACGGAGCUGAGCCUCAGCCUGCAGAGGCGGAUGAGGCCGGCGCUGCCCAUGACAGAGAGCGGUACGCCGCUAUUGGAGAGUUUCUUCAUGGACGGCAUUCCCACCUUGCGUCGUAUGUAUUGUAUGUGAACAGGUUCAGGGGCAUUCCGAAGAUAGAGGUGUGCUGCGUCAUCGAGGCCGCUGUGCGCCUCGAGCGCCUGGUGCGGGAGUACCAAAGACUCGGCUUGCAGCUGCCAGACGACGAGGAGGAAAGGCGCAGGUUCUUCACCGCCAUGCUGCCCCAGGAGGACCCGGUCUACAGUCUCGCGCUGGCCUUCACUCGCACACAACAGAUAUUCGGUCCGUGACACACAACACACACAAAACAGACACACAGGCAUGCAUGUAUGUGUGUAUGUUUGUGUUUGUGUGUAUGUGUACGUGUACGUGUGUGUCUGUAUGCCGUCAAUGGGUGCAGACAGCAUGGAGGUGCUGAGAGAGGUGACGGCCGAGGUGGUGGAGGACCGGUACAGGGAGGAGAGUGUAGUCGCCCUCGAGCUGAGGUUCUGGCCGAAAUUAUUCACUCACAUCUACGGCCACAGCUACGAGGAGGUCAUGGGGGCAAUCCAGCAGGGAGUGGAAGAGGGCCGACGGCGGUGUGAUAGCGAAAUAGAAGUACGUGCACAGCAUUGACACACAUACACAUACAUGGAAACAUAAGUCCAGCAUGUAUGUGUGUAUGUGUGUGUCUGUGCUGUAUGCAGGUUGGUUUGAUGGUCUGUGCCAUCGCGGGGGGUGGCGAGGAGCAGUUCGUUGACACGAUCAACUUCGCCGUCACGUACAAGGAGGCCGUCGUAGGCGUGGUCGUCGACGCCAGCGAGCCCGAGCUGCUGCAGUACCUGGUGCGUGCGUACACACGGACCUGCGUGAGAGGAUUUUCUCCAUUGUGUCUCCCUUGUACGCUCCCCUCUCGUCACAGCACCAUUUGGAUAGUGUCCACGCAGCUGGACUCAAGAUAUCGCUGAAGCUCGAGGAGCCCCGCGACGACGCCGCCUCAGUGCUAUCCCAGAUUCGCCCCAGCCGCAUCUGCGACAGCACUGUCAUCCACAACCCUGCCGCACUCGACAUGAUCCGCCAGAAUCGCAUCGCCCUCGAGCUAACACCGGCCGAGAGCGAGAGUGACCGGGAGUACGUCAAGUGGCUCUUUGACCACCAGUUCAGCAUCUCAGUGAACUCAGAAUUCCCGGUGGUGAGAGGGACCAGCCUCACGGCCCAAUUCGAGCGGCUGGCGGCUGAGGAGGGCUGGACACUGGACCAGCUGGCAAGGAUGAACUACCGUGCCAUCGCUGGCUCCUUCCUGCCCGAGGAGGCCAAGCAGCGGGUCCGCCACCAAUGGUUCCGCCACCGAGGCGACCACCAGCAGCAGCAGCCGGACGAUGGGCAGCUGCCAGCCCCUGACCUUGACCGACACAGCGAUGACGACCAGAGCGAACCACACGACAGUGACUGCCAGCAGGUGCCUCAGUCAGAGCCACCCUCGUAUUCGUCAGCAGGUGGGCCGCCGUCUCCCAUGCGGGAUGCCCGAAGUCCCUCGCCGCCCCGCAGUCCGUCAUCACCCAGAAGGCAGCCGCACAGCCGCCUGCAGGAUCAGACGCCGCCACCGCACAGAGAGAACCACGGCAACCGUCAGCAGCUGGGUGGCGAAACGGGAGCUGGCAGUGUCGCCAUCCCCAACAUCACGCCCCCGAGAAGCCCCGGCCGUGAUGAGGGUGACGGAGAUGAAAACGAGAGUAGUCAUGAUGGCAUCGGGGCUGGGGAUGGGCGGGGAAUGGAGAACGAGGGCUUCAUUGAUGAUGACGAACUCGAGGAGGAAGGCGGCUAUCGCACUCCCACCAACAACGUCAUCAUGCCCACAGCCAAUGACGGGUUUAACGACCCAUUCCAGACCCCACCCCAGUGUCAGCAGCCCCCCACCCCCACUCUUGCUGCCUUCGGUGCCGAUGACGACGGCGACGACGAAGACGAUGAUGACGAGCAGGAGGAGGAGGCCAACGGAGUCGAGGGCGGCGAGUCCGAGAGUGAGGAGGAGGAGGAGGAGGAAGAGGAUGACGAUACCGCCGAAGAGGAGGACACUCGUCGUCUCGCCACAGCCGUGUACGGCUGCAUCAGCAGCGAGAUGGCUCGCAUCGCACAGUGCGUUGUCCAUUGUCUUGCCGCUGAACUGCUGCGCCGCUGCCUCAACGAGGCUGUCCAGCGGCAGUUGGAGCUGCACAAGGCUGCGCUGCUGGCCAUGCAGCUGGGGGCUGCGGUGGGGCGACACGGUGGUGGUGGCGGUGGGAGGGAGGAGAAUGAAGGGACGCAGGAGGCCGUUGAGGUGGACGAUGUGCAGCUGACGGGGCAGAAGAGGCCAUGCGACGGCAACGGGGACGAGCCCAGACACCGCCCGCUCAAGCGCCGCCGUCGGCACCACCACUCGCGCAGAGGCUGCAAGAGGAAGCGGCUGGACGGGCACAUCGCAGGGCCCCCGCUGAAGAAGCAGCGUGUGGCUCCAGGUAGACAUGGCGGGCAGAUAUUGACUUCAUGUCUCUGAUGGAUGCGUUUGUCAUGUGUCUUUUUGUCUUGGCAUCUGUCAGUUGAGCGUGAGGAGGAGAUGGGCGAGCCCAACGAGGUCAAGGGAGAGGAGGAGUAGCAGGACGAGCCAGGCCAGCAGCAGCAGGAGGGGCCAGACGAGCAGCAGCAGGAGAGGCCAGGCCAGCAGCGCCUCGAGGAGGAUGCCGGCGGCGCCAACCCCAUCGCGGAGGCCAACAGCCCCAAGCCCAGCAGUGGAAGGGAGGAGAACGGGAAGGUGGAGGAGGCCGAGAACGAGGCCAUUGAGGUGGACGAUGUGCAGCUGAGGGGGCAAAAGAGGCCGUGUGACGGCGACGCUGACGGGGACGAGCCCAGUCGCCGCCCGCUCAAGCGUCGCCGUCAGCACCACUCCCGCAGAGGCUGCAAGAGGAAGCGGCUGGACGGGCACAUCGCAGGGCCGCCGCUGAAGAAGCAGCGUGUCGCGCCAGGUAGACAUGGCGGCAGAUACUGACUUCAUGUCUCUGAUGGAUGCGUUUGUUGUGUGUCUUUUUGUCUUGGCAUCUGUCAGUUGAGCGUGAGGAGGAGAUGGGCGAGCCCAACGAGGUCAAGGAAGAGGAGGAGGAGCAUCACGAGCCAGGCCAGGAGCAGCAGGAGGGACCAGGCCAGCCGCAGCUCGAGGAGGAUGUCGCGCACGAGCCAGGCCAGCAGCAGCAGGAGGGGCCAGGCCAGCCGCAGCUCGAGGAGGAUGCCGGCGGCGCCAAUCCCAUCGAGGAGCCCAACAACCCCAACCCCAUCCCACCCGCACCGUCCAAGGCGAAGAAGCGCCGGAGGGAGGAGGAGGUCCUCAAGGAGGCCUUCAAGGGGUCGGGAUACUGGAACAGGAGCAGCAGCAACGACAACGAGGAGGGCGGCGAGGCGAAGGGCCGUCCCCCGUAUCGCCUUCGCAGGCGACACAAGUGA